UUAUUAUCAAAUUGAAUUUUAUAUUAAGAUUUUAUUUUGUGAUUUUUGACAUUAUUUCUAUAUACCUUAUUACUUUUCAAAUGACUACUAGUACAAAUAUUUAAAUUAUUAUAAUGUUUUAAAGCAUUACUAAUGUGUACAUAUACCCUUGCUUUGCCCCAACAGGGCCCAUGUGAAACAAUUUAUUAACUGUAACACCUAUAAUUAUUACCAUGGUUGCAAUAAAGUAUUAUGAAUUAUGAAUGAAAAAGUAUAUACUUACCUACUCGUACAACUCAAUCUCACUGCAGGUGACUAAGGCCUGGAAUGUUAUAAAUAAGAUUUAGUACACCAAUAAUACGCUUGGGGCGUUUUCGUCAACGUGCACGUUUACUAGAUGGUUCUCUUUUUCUAAUACUAUAAAUAAAAUUAUAGUCUAUAAUUAUUAUCCUCUGUCCAGUACGGAGAUUGUCAGCCUUUUGUAAUCGUCAUUGUUCAUGGCAACCCAACUUUCAAAACUGCCGGUUUGGCGCUACCAUCGCAUCUCACCCUGGCCCCGCUAACUUGACAUUCUUGACAGCCAUUGUACAUUAUUUGAAGUUUUGACUGGCGACAACUUACGUAGGUUACCUACGCUCGUGUUCUCGUCCCUUUUUCCUUGAGAUGAGAUGUCUAAAUUCGAAUUCGGAAUAUCACUUUGCUAGGGAACUAUCAUAUAGUUAGUGCAAUAAAAAAUCACCAUGAGACAAAAGUGUUGUGUUGGUGGUUGCAACGCCACAAAUGAAACACAUCGACUUUUUGUAUUUCCCAAGAAAGAUAUGCUAAGGAACUUGUGGAUGUCUUUUCUUGUGCCUACGAAUCCUCUCCUUCUCGGUCUAUCAAAAGAUCAACUUCUCAGGAAACGUGUGUGUAAGAAACAUUUUGACAAGCACCAGUUUGACAGAGAAGGCAACAGAAUUCGUUUUUCGUAUCCUUGCCUGUUUACGGAGGACGAAAUAACUCAUGGCGAGCCCCUUGCAGCGGUUGGAACUCUGCGAAAUGCUCUGAGCGACCACAAUUAUUUUCAAAACCAAGACGAUGAGGAAGAUACAGUAAUCAUGUUGGAGGAAAAAUUGGUGAUUGGGAGGCCAGGUGAAGACUUCCAUGAGCAUCCAUCAUGCUUUUCUCAAGUACAGUCGAUCUUCAAGAGUAAAGGAAACUUACCCACUACUACUACUAAUGCCGAUGCCUGCGAUGAUUUGGCUACUUCAAUAAUAGACGAGCAAUCUGAACAUCCAGAACCGCAAGAGGACGGUCCAGAAUGUGAAGAUGAUAACCAGGAGGGUGACUCAAGCUUGCCGAAAGACGAAGUCAUGAUAGAUUACAUUAUUGAGCAUCCGACUUCACCUGGUCGUGAUAUUUUAGAAACUGAAAUGGAUAAAGUUUUCUCGUGGCAAAAAACGGAUUUGCUACCUCUAGAAGCAGAUGAGACCGAUUACGAGGUAGUGCCGGUGCCCGUAACGGAGAUACCCGAAGAGUUACCGACGUUAUCAUUAUUCUGUGAUGACACUGAAAAACCUGUGGAAGUAGAGCCUAGCAAACCAGAAGCCGUUGUUCCCGAAGAUGUCCUGUACCGCUGUGUCGAUUGUGGAGUGGUUGUUGAUGGGUUUACGUUCUGGUGCGUGCAGUGCCUGUGCGGCGUCAUGUGCGGCGCGUGUGCAGAGGUGGCGCCACACAACAUACAUUACGUGCUGCGCGCGCCCAAAGGUGCCACCAUUAGCCAAACGCAGCCAGUGUUACUAGUCAUACGAGAACAGUUGCAGAGAGAAAACUUGCUAACUCUCUAUGGAACGGAUGAUGGUGUGAAAAUGGAAGUGAAAUUAGAGCCAGUUGAGCCUUUAUGUCCAUCCGACUCUUCUGACUCCGAAGACCCACUCGCAUUAGAGCCCCAUUCUGAUGAACCAGAAGUUGAAGAGUCCCGUCAGGUCGGGGAGUCUGUGGAGCCCUCAGAUUCUGUGCAGUCUACUAUGGAACUCGAACUCGAGAGCCAAGAUUCCCAAUCUGAUGACGUGCAAUUUUAUGAUGAUGUGGAACAAGACACUGAUGACGUGUUGUUUCAAGAGAACGCAGGAUCUCAUGAGGAUGAGGAGACCAUUGAAGCUAGUGAGCCUGACGUUACAGCUGAAAAACGUGCCAAUACGGGAUCUCUCGAUCACCAGCAUCCUUCCAAGCGCCCUCGUCUACAAACCCGACCGAGCGACAAACUAAACCCUACCAACACAAAAGUUACCGAUGUCCACCCAAACCAAACUAGUCAAACACGAGCGACCCAAUAUCACGACAUAACAUCACAAACUGUCUUCAAAUACCCGAAGAUCAUACCUGAUGCGGCAUCACAAAUUCUUCAGCCAAUCUACCACCAACCACCGCCUACCAAACUUGUUGUGCUACAAAAAGUGAAGAAAGGUCCUAAUAUUCUCAGAAGACCAAAUAAAACCGACCCAAAGCAGGUUCCAAAUAUUGCUGACCCUCAUGUCAAAAAAUCUCUACCUAGAGGAACACCUCUCCAAUUGACACAAACCGAAAGCUCUGAAUUUAAAGUCACCUCAGGGCCCCGAAGCUGCGAAACUGAGACAAGUAAUUCAGACGAUGGUAAUGCAGAGUAUUUGGAUGAAGAAAUAUUGGAGACAGACUUUAGUGAAGACAGGUUAGAUAAAGAAAAUUAUAAUGAGGAUAGACUAAAUGAAGAAUUAGUUGUUGAAAGUGAGGGUAGUAGAAUAGAUAGGUUACUGAAUAAAGAAAAUCGAGAUGAUACAUCCGAAAAAAGUGAUAAUGAUGAUUCUAGUAAGGACAAGGAAAGUGAAGUAGACGACAGUGAUUUAGAUAAAGAUUUUAGAAUAGAUGAAGAAGUAGACGAAGAUUCCAUGGAUGAAAUAGAUAGUACAGAGGGCGUUAGGAUAACAAGAAACGCAACGAGAAGUCAAAGAGAAGCUGUUCGAUUGUUGUCAAAUGAAGCCAAGGUGCAGCUGCAGCGUCUUACCUCAUUAGAUAUAAGAAACUGGACGGAGAGGAAAACACGGAGAAAAGACUGAAAUAAACUUUAGAAA